UUAAAGAAGCACGUUUAAUGCAAAAUUAGUAGGACGCGGACUCAUUGGACACUUGCUUGACUUUGCAGCUAGAAAGUAGUCGUGUUUGUUGUUUAUAAAUGAGAUGUAGUGCUUAUGUUUAUUGGCUGAGUGUUGAGUUUGAAUAACUAAACGGCCAUGGCUGGAGGAAAGGUGUCCCGGCUGGCGGUUCGUGGGAGGGGGGGUCGGGGGGUUGAGGGGGACAAGCCGCAGUUGACUGAUAAAGGAACCCAGAGAAGCGUCAGGCUAGACGGCGAGAGAACGCUGAGUAACGGUCCUGGCUUGGUGUUGCCUUCAAAAUAAAUGAGAGUUUGCUAGUCUGGUUCAAAACAGCAUUCAAAUCACCCAAGAAAAUGGUUACAGAAUAAGGUAAACGUAAUAUUUAACAUUUUAAUGUGAUAAUGUAAGAUUUUGUCAUUGAAUUCCGUCGGGAAUCUUCCAACAUGUAUUCGUGUGGUCGUUUAUUUUGAAAAGCUAGUACCGGAAUACGCUAUUGUAUCAGAGUGUCUUGAUUAUUAUAAAAAAAGAGGGGGAGGUAAUUAUUUAGGGGAAGAAAGAAAGAAACAAAGUUGUCGACCACGCAAUGCGCACGGGGAUGGGUUUUAUUUAUACGGAGAGCGUCUUUUAAGAAGGAAUAAGUCGGUUUGUGCGCAACAAUAUCGGUUUGGUAGAUUUGUUAUCGAACUGCUCCGCUAAAAUCGCACCGGACCGGAUUUGAAAAUAGUGAAUGAUAAACCGACGGACUCAACAGGAGCAGGAUUCUUUCUGGAGGUCAAAUUCACUUCUUGAUGUCUUUCCACGAUCAGGCUUUUAUUUUGGGAUGAAUGGCAGAAGUCUGGUGAGUCGUUCACACACACGGACUUGUCUUCUCUCUCCUGGGGGACACAUGAAGUACUUUUUUUUGGUUGUCUUUUUCUUUUUAGGGGGCACGCAUCUAAUCCGAGAACAUCACAGGAGAUUUUAAUUUAAGAGGUGUUUUGUUUUGAAAGGGCCAGACUAUGCAGAUGUGGAGGGUCCACAAAGGACCACUAUAGUGUCCUGGAUGUAUGUUUCUUGUCGAGCUCGCCGGGACUCUUUCAAUAGUUCAAAUGGGUCCUACCUGGAUGGUCCACAUGAUGGCAAAAAGCAGACGACUGAGGAUUUAAGUCAUGUUAGCGCCAUGGAAUGCUCUUAUUUAUCAGGUUUUCUAUUUAUUUAGUGUGUGUACAUAUGAGCAGAGAUACAUCCAAGGCUAGUUCUAGUGUCAACGUAGAAAAUAGCAGUGGAUCGUAUUAUUUUAUUUUGCCUCAUUUGUAUCUGGCCCACUUUACGUCAUGGAUCGACCGAUAAGCAAGUUGUUAGAAAAGCUGAAGCUCACAGACUCGGGCAGCGUUAAAUUAAAUAGUUCCAAGAAAAAGCAGGACUUAGCCAGUAACUCCAACAACAGCAACGGCAACACUGGUAUCCCCGGGGGUGGCGGGGGGAGUCUGCCACCCACCUCCAUAGCGACCUCGCCCCCCAGACCCGGUCAGUUCUCCGCAACAAGCGACGUUCCUGCAACAGGAAGACUGGGAAUGGCCCAGCAGACCGUACCUCCAGAUGGCGAGCAACCGACUCACCCUUCCACCCUGGCCCCGCUGAGGCGUCGCUCCCCCCAGCAGAGGGCCUCCUGCUACCUGGGCGAAGGUGUGGACUCUCAUAUGAGGCGAGAAUCCGGCCUGGGUCCAGAGUGUGAUGCGUUCGGGUCCAAAGGGUCCUUGAACCAGCGCCGCUACUCCCUGGAGCUCCAGCAGCUGGUCAAAAGGCAGCAUCUUCUUUCCCAGCCGCCACCGCUCUCAGUCCCGCCGCCGUACCCAGCCAACCCCGCUGGCUACGGGUCUGCUUCCAGAACUGGUGGAGGUAUGGCAGAGUCUGGCUACAUCUCAGAACCAGAGAGGCACAAGCGUCUUUCUCUCCAGGAGGCGUUGUUCUACAAGCGCCUGAGCACGGGUAGUGAACUGUGGGAGAGCACCAGACCCGCGUCCCUUUCUCACCCGCCACACCGCCCGUCUGAUGUCAGCGGCGGAGGCAGCGGCGGCGGAGGAGGCUUUUUCUAUCCUCCAGGCCCAACCCUGAGUCCAUGCUCGUCUUUCAGCCUCCAGGAGUCGGUGCUGGUCAGCCCCAGGUCCAGCUUCGCCUCCAGCACAGCCAGCGGCGGUGGCGGCGGGGGGAGCCCCAUGGGGAGCCGCUGCAGCAGCAACCGGACCAGCGGCAUCAGUCUGGGCUACGACUCUCGCUACUCCACCUCUGGAGGUCUUCCACUACAGCAGCAAUCCCCCUCCAUGCAGUCAGGGUGCUCUGCAGCCGGAUAUGGUGCUCCUGGAAGAGCUGGAGUGACCCCGGUGGAGGCCUGGACUCAAUACCUGGACGGGGGUAUGCGUCAGGGCGAUAGCCGACACUCCUACCCACCGGCUGUCGGAAGUCCGGCUGCCGCGUGCUACCAGGCUGGCCCAGAGUGGUGGGAUGAGCAGAGGACCGGAGCAAGAGGCAAAGAAGGAGGUGUGGUGGGAGAGAAGACCCGCUACUCUGACCUGCCAGGUACGCGUUACCAAGAAGAGCUGACCUGGCUUCUUCUCCGAGACGCAGCACUAGAAGGGGACAGUCUCCUGGAGGGCCUGAUGCUGAAGGAACACUCUCUGGCCCUGGCCAAACCCAGCAUGGCACUGGGGCCGUCUUCCGCCGGGGGGCCGGUCAAGGCUCAGGAGGAUGUUGGGGCAGCGGAGAACCGUCAGGAAUUCUUUGGGACCUGUGUCAAGUGUGGAAAAGGUGUGUACGGAGCGGACAACGCCUGCCAGGCUUUGGAGAACCUUUACCACACUCGCUGCUUUACCUGCGUCUCCUGUGGGCGCACCUUGAGGAACAAGGACUUCUACAACGUCAACGGCUCAGUGUAUUGCAAAGAGGACUACAUGUUCUCAGGAUUCCAGGCUGCUGCCGAGAAGUGCAAUGUGUGUGGACACCUCAUUCUGGAACAGAUCUUGCAAGCCAUGGGGAACUCCUACCAUCCAGGGUGUUUCCGCUGCGUGGUGUGUGCCAAAGCCCUGGACGGCGUGCCCUUCACCGUGGACCAACACAGCCACAUCUACUGCGUGGCCGACUACAACAAGACUUUUGCACCAAAGUGUGCGGCCUGUCUUCAACCCAUCUUACCAACGGAGGGCAGUGAGGAGAUCCUCAGGGUUGUGUCCAUGAACAAGGACUACCACUUUGAGUGUUACCACUGUGAGGAGUGUGGCAAGCAGCUCUCCGAUAAGCCCGGCUCGCAGUGCUUCCCGCUGGACUCUCAUCUCCUGUGCCACCCGUGCCACAUGAGCAGAGUGUGCAGCACACACUGAGGACCAUCCUGCUUUUUUUUUGUUUUGUUUUAAUUCUCAUCAUGCAACUGCUGAUAUUAAGACUUUCUCACAGCUUUGACUUGAAUCCCCCCCCCCCCCCCCCUCCUUGACAUAGUGCCACCUGCUGUUCUUCUGUACUGUGGGUUAUAAAGGGAACAUGGAAGAGACUACUGCUCCUCUACUGUAGAAGAACAAGGGAUACUGCUAAACUCUGUACAUUGUUUUUAAAUAGCAAACAUUUUGCACUUAACUUUACUGUAAGAGAUUUGUAUUGGACUGUCGUUUCUGUAUGCUGUAAUAAAUUGUGUUGACUAGUGGAUGAAAUUGACAGCAUUCUAUAUUGUC